AUGCCUAUUAUGGGUGGACUCGUGGAUCUCAUAAGUGAGCCAGAAGAAAAGGAUUGCCUCAAUCUCAGCUGGAAAGAGAGGAUUGUUGCCUCUAUUGUGUGCGGUUUCUUCUCUUUCUUUGCUGGAACAAUGUCUAUUUUCGCUAUUGCAUUAUUACGUAUCAGAAAGUUUGCGAUUUUGUUUGCAAUUAUGAAUUUGAUGUUAUUCUUAUCAUUAGGUUUCAUUAUCACUUUCAAAAAAUUAUUCUCAUCCUUAUUCCAGAAAGAUAGAAAAUAUGCAGCGAUUGGUUUAUUCGUAGGAAUGUUCAUUACAAUGUUUUUUGCAUUCGGAAAAGUAAGAUUGAUUGGUGUUAUUAUAGGUUUCGUUUUAGAAUUUGUUUCUUUCAUUUAUGUAGCUUUAUCUUAUUUACCAUUAGGCAGAGAACUCUUUGCCAAAAUUUUCCACUUUUAA